CGUUAGUGGCUUCUGUCGGAUCUUAAUUUUUAAUUCAAUCUUACAUUUGCAGGGUCAAAUAAUUUAACUAUUUUUAUUUAAUACAGAUUCUAACGAUAAUCUUUUAUUUUGUAAUAUGUCUGAAGAAGGAACAACGAGAAGAACUACGAGGUCGCUUGCCAGGCGGCUGAGUACUGAUUCAAUAUCGCCUCCAGCUGCAGGGACUCCUGGCAAAAAAGCGAGGGCUUCAAGAGUUACGGGGUUGCCGUCUAUUGCAGAAACUAAACCGAAAGCAGUUAGCACUCGUAAAUCCCGAAGAUUAAGUACUGACUUAAAUUUAGAAGAGCCUGGAAGCAGACCCUCAACACCUAUAUCAACUGAAAGGCGUCGUUCUCGCCGACUAAGUAUUGACUUAGAUGAACAAAGACCACAAUCUGUAUCAACUCUCCCAAUUGUGGAAGUUAUACAAGAAGAGGAAGACAUCAAUAUUUUAGCAAUGAAAGAUGAUAUUAAUAAUAAACCAGGUAUGAGUGUUGUUGAUCAGUUUGCUGUAACACCUAGUACUUCAGUAACAGAUUCUGUGAUGAAAGAAACGUUAGAGAAUUCUGAAAGUAAGUUAACUUUGGGCAACCAAUCGGAUGUAAAAGAAUCAAUUACUGAAAAAGAAGUUGAUAAAGAAUCUGAUGAAGUAUUUACAGAUCAUAUAGAGAAAGCAGGUGUUCAAGAUGAGGACAAAAAAUCUGAUGUUGAUAAAUCUUCUCCUGAUAAACCAUUAUCUUCAAAUGAUUAUAUUCCAGAACCUAUGGAAGUUGAUACAACUGACCAAGAUAUGAUAAAAACAGUUACUAAUAAAGAUAAUCUUGUUGAAGAAGAAACGAAUACCCAACAAGUUUCAAAUACAUCCUAUUCUUCUGACAGCUCUAAUGUAUCUACACGUUCUAAAACCAAAUUGAGGAUAUCCACUAGUGCAGAUGAUCUAACUAAAGAUUCAGUUUCUUCGGAUUUGAAAAAAAUUGAUUUAGAUUCAUCAGCUAGUUCUGGUAAAGAACUAAACAUAUCUACACGAUCUAGAAGGAGUCUAAAUGAUUCGCAAAUAAAGGAAAUCAAUAAAUUAGCUGAUAGUAAACCUUCUGAGGAAUGUAAUAUUUCUACAAGAUCUAAAUCCAAGUUAAAUGCAUCUAAUGCUUCUCAGAAAGAUACAAGUAUUAGUACAAAAGAUACUGAUACAAUUAAUAGUGAAGGAAGCCCCAAUGUAGGAAAUAUAUCGACCAGAUCAAAAUCUAAAUUGAAUGUAUCUGAUUCAAAGAAUAAAAGUGCACUUAGUAUUUCUGUGAAUGAAGAAUCUAAUGAAAUGCAAGUUGUUAUGGAUAAAGGAGAUUCUGUAAAAAGUAGUCCAAGAAGUGAUUCGAGUGCUACAGAAGAUGCUGAUAAAACCGCUGAACUAAAAAAUGAUUUUAAUAUUUCCACCAGAUCAAGAUCAAAAUUAAAUGCAUCUACUGUUGCAAAUAAAAGUACAAUCAAUACUGACUCACCAAAGAAAGCGACAAAUGAUACAGUGAUGUCAAAUUCUUCAGAUAAAAAUUCAAACCAGAGUACUGCUGAAGUGAUUGUCGAUGCUACACAAAAAAUAAAAGAUGAAGCAGAAUAUGCCGAAUUUGAACGUAGCUUAAACUCUUCUGCAGAAGAAGCUAGGAAAGAAAAUAUUUCUGGUCAUAAUUCUAAUGAUCAAACACCAAAACUAAUUAUUGAUGAUUCUUUUGAUCCUGAUGAUAGUUCGGUGAUCACCAAAGCACAAGGCAAAGAUUUCAAAGAUGGGAAAAACGAUUUGAGUUGUAAUAAAGAAAAUAUUGAAAUUAUAAAUAAAUCAGAUGCAAAUGAUGUCAGCGUCAAAAGCAUUACAACAAGAUCUAAUAAAAGUCAAAUCAUAAUUGAUGUAUCAAUGAAAAAUGAAGAAAAUUUGGAAGUUCUUGAUAAAGAAACUAAUAAAUCUGUAAAGGAAGUGAUAGAAAUAUAUGAAAAAAUUGAUAGUGGUGGUCCAUUAGAAGUGAAACAAACUUCACUAAUUGCUUGUUCAACUCCAAAAAUGAAGAAAUUAGAAGCUGUUGAUUAUAAGGAGAUAACAAACCAAAUUAGUGAUAAUGAAUCACUAAAAUCUAGUGUUAAGGAUAGCAUAUCCUACAUCGAUAAUGAUGCUCACAAAUCUGAAAAAACUGAUUUAGAGACUGUUACUACUGAAUCUAGUGCAGAAGUUGUUCAUGAAGAAGAAACCUCAAGGAUGGAAUUUGAUAAUGUUUCUCCAAGUAAGAAAUUAGCUGUUGAUAACUCUGAAAGUCAUGAAAAUGAAACUACCGCCAAUCCUUUAAAUGAAGAGUGUAAUCAAACAAAUUUAGUGGAUAAUUUAUUAAAUCAAGAUAAUGCCGCUAAUUUAGAAAAUGUUAACUCUGAAACUCAUGAAAAUGAUACUAUCGCCAAAUCUGUAAAUGAAGAGCGUAAUCAAACAAAUUUAGUGGAUAAUUUAUCAAAGCAAGGUAAUGCCGCUAAUUUAGAAAAUGUUAAUGAGAUAAGUACAAAAAUUGUAAAUGAUGAAACUAAUAUCAACAAGUCCUUAGAGAAACAUGAAACAAUUUCCGCUCUACCAGAACAUGUUGUUAAAUCUGAUGAUGCUUCUUCUAUAAAUAUAAUUAGCACUGAUUCAAGUAAAUGCAGUACCCCAAAGUCUGCUCAAGUACUUCUUAUAUCAGAUGAAUCUGAUCAAGAAAAUGCUGAUGAGAUGAUUUCGAAUGAAAAAACUCCUUUGAGGGAUGAUAAUGAUGAGCCUGUAUUAAAAACACCCAUUUCCAUACAAAGCUCUAUCUUAUCUAUUAGUUCAUCUAAAUCUGGCUCAAUAUCAAAGUCAAAAAAUCCAAGUGUUAAUACAUCUGAUAUUGACGAAGAACGUAAGUCUCCUGAUCUUGUGGAAAAGGGCAAGAAUUCUAAUGGUGACAACACAUCUGACAAAGUCACUUUAUUGCUAUCUGAUGGAUCAGAUGCAGAAUCUGAUAAUGGAAAAGAGUAUUUGAAUUUGAACUCCGACUCAGAUAGCAGUGGUUUUGUUAAUAACGAAGCCAAAGAUGUAGGUGAAGAUUAUCAGUCACAUGAUUCCAUGGAUGAAAAUGAAAGAGCUGAAAUAGAGGAAAAUGAAAUAGUUGAUCGUGGAGAGUCUUUACAUUCUUCUGAUGAAGAAGAUAACGAACCUGAUGAUUAUGAACAUGAUUCAUUCUGUGUAGAAAGCAGGUCAGAGGAUGAAGAACUUCUGGAAGGUGCUUCUGAUGACUUAGAUUCUAGAUCCAGCAGUGGUCUGAGUGACUUGUCACAAAGCCAGAAGUCUAAAGAGAAAUAUAAUAAGAAAGAAAAGCAGAAGAAAAGGAAAUCAUUUGUAUUAAAUUCUUCUAGUGAUGCGGAAGGUAAGAAUGAGGAAAAUAAUGAUGGUGAAGCUGACAAUAAGAUACAGAAUGAAUGUGGUGAGGUCGAUGAAUGUAUUGAUGUCAUUUCUGAUGAUGACAGUGUCGAUGAAGAAAUUCAAUGUAAAUAUACAGAGGUGCUAAAGAAUCUUAUUUCUCAACACGGAGAAACUGAAAGCCAAGAAUCUGCUACUUCUCAAGAAAGUACAGAACAAUCUGAAAAGAACUGUGCGGAUACUGAUGUUGAAGUUACAAAACCAGCAGAAUUGGCUGAAAUUACAGAACUAUCAGAAUCGGCUGAAAUUACAGAACCAUCAAAAUCAGCUGAAGUAACAGGACCAUCAGAAUCGGCUGAAGUUACAGGACUAUCGGAUUCAGCUGAAGUUACAGGACCGUCGGAAUCAGCUGAAGUUACAGGACCAUCGGAAUCAGCUGAAGUUUCAGGACCAUCGGAAUCAGCUGAAGUUUCAGGACCAUCGGAAUCAGCUGAAGUUUCAGGACCAUCGGAUUCAGCUGAAGUUACAGGACCAUCGGAUUCAGCUGAAGUUACAGGACCAUUGGAUUCAGCUGAAGUUAAAAGAUCAGAAUCAGCUGAAGUUACAGAACCAGCAGAGUCAGUUGAAGAUCAACAGUCCAAAUCAUCUGAAACAGCAGAAACAAUUGAAAGUGUAUCUCAGGUUAUGGUUAAAAAUCCUGUACGAUCUAAUGUUAACAAACCUGCUGAUCAAAAGAAAUCUAAAAGUAGUAUGGUAGAUCCCAACAAAAUAGACAUAUCUAAAAUUCAAGCUACUUGUGAGCAAAUACUGAGUAAAGAAAAUGAGAAGAAACGCAUUCGCAGAGAAAGUGAUAACCAGACAAAGAAACAAAAGAAACCAAGUGACAAGAAAUUGAAACGUCUUCCUGAAGCUACUCUGGAAGAACUAAAUGAAGAGACUGAAUUACAUAUACCAAACCAGUCCUGUAGUAACCCAAAGAAACAAAAGAGGACAAAUGAAAAAUCCAGUGAACCUCAAAGUUGUGUACAGAAUGAACUGACUGAGAAAAUGAAAGUUAAAGCAUCCACAAAAGAAAUAAAGACUGAAAAUAAGAAGAAUUCAAAAACUGCUGCCCCUACAAUGAAGGAUAAAAAGGUUAAAGAAAGCAAACACGUUUCCAAGAACAUGCUGAAUGAAAUAAGUAAUACCACACUUCAUAAAACCAAAAAGAAUUCAAAAUCUUCUAUGAAGACAGAUGUUUGUAAUGCCACAACGAGUUUCCAAGUUUCACCAGUUAACAACAAAAGGAAACUUAACUCUGACUUGCCUCAUGAUUGUGGCUUCCAAGUUAAGAAAGUUAAUUCUAAAACCAUUGAAGCAUCUAAUGUCGGCUGCACGACAGUCUUUAAAAUUGAAAGCUCGAGCACCUACUUAAAGAACAUAAAUGCCGCUGCGAGUGAUUUGGCUAAUUUUAAAGAAAAUACUUUAUUUAAGGGUCAAAUCAAAAGACAAAAAAAAGGCUUAAUAUAUUCCUAUCGAAAUAAGCAAUCAGCAAUGGCUUCAAGAAGAUAAUUGUGCUGUUUUGUUGUUGAUUGUUUUUUAAUUUUUAUGAUUGUUUUAUAUAUUGUUAAUAAUUAAGCUUUUAAUAAAGCAUUUUGAUAUACAU